AUGGCUCCCACGCUCGCGAACCAACUCAAGAUCCACAUGAUGGGAGGAAUGGGCUCCGCGCUGGCGCUGGCUCGGGCGGGAUACACAGACAUUCACGUCUGGGAGAGCGCGAGGAGUCUGGGAGAAGUCGGCGCCGGCAUCAACUUGACGCCCAACUUGUCCAGGAUUCUGGAUCGUUGGGAAGUUCUGGACAUCGCACGGGCUGAGGCGGUCGCGCUGAAGAGCGCCAGCGUUCUGAACUGCGCCUCGGACGAAACUUUGACCAAUGUCGAUUUCGGCUACAUUGAGCGGGAGUUUGGCUACCCCUUUACCGUGCGCCGCAAGUCCUCCUCCUCCUCGACCUUCCUAACCUCGCGGUCUUUCCAGGUCGUCCACCGCUCAGCGCUGCAGAAGUGCCUCGUCACCGGCGCAAUGGGCUCGGGAGUCGUCCAGCUGCACCUCAGCAAGCUGGUCACCGACUACGACUUUGAAGGCUCGCGGUUCUUCGUGAAGGAGCGCUCUUCAGCGCCGACGAUCGGCGCAAACGGCCAGACCGACGUUUUGACAGAGCAGGCUGGAGAAUGGGUGGACGCCGACGUGAUCCUGGCGGCAGACGGCGUGAAGUCGAAGGCGCGAGCGGCGAUGUUGGGCAGGAUAGGAGAAGUCGACACCGUCGUCGACACUGGCCAGGCGGCCUACCGGAUUAUGGUCCGCAAGGAGCAAAUCAACAACGAUCCGGACCUUCUCCCCUUCUUCACCUCUUCGCACUCCUUCAGGUGGAUCGGUGAGAAGCGGCACAUCAUCGCCUACCCCAUUGCCUCCGGCGAACUCUUCAACAUGUCGACCGCCCAUCCCGACCGCCGCUUUGUCGAAGCCGAUACCUGGACCACGACCGGCUCCAAAAGCGAGAUGCUCAACACUUUCCACGACUUCUGCCCGCGCGUCCAGAAGCUCCUCAACCUUGUGCCCGAAGGUGACGUCCUCGAGUGGAAGUUGCGAGUGCAUGAGCCGCUCAGCACUUGGGUCGACCACAACGUCGCGCUCGUCGGUGACGCCUGCCACCCAACACUGCCGCACCUUGCACAAGGCGCGGCGCAGGCUAUCGAGGACGCGGCGGUUCUCGGCGUCGUCCUGAGCAAGAUCAAGUCGAAGGACGAGAUCCACAAGGCCCUCCUGGUCUACCAGGCUAUUCGCAAGCCCCGCGCAGACUGGGCCGUCGUGACCGCCGCAGCGAACGGGAAGGGUCUCCACCUUGGCGCCGGAAAGGAUCAGAAGGCGCGAGAUGCUGCUUUCCGCGCCGCCAAGAAGGAAGGUGGCGAGAACCCGGACAAGGCGCUCGACAAGAUCACGCAGGAGAUCCUGUAUGCCCACGACUGUGAGGUCGAAGCCGCCAACGCUUUCGAGAAGCUCUUCGCCGACGUAGCGUAA